AACACAGGUGGAGAAAAGUUCAGAUCACUCCAUCAAGAGGACCACCGCGUCCGGUCCCGCGCCACGGCGGAGCCGCCAUGAGGAUACGCAAGCACGCCAGAAAUUCUUCCGCCGGCCAUACGCCAUCGUCGCUCCAGCCUGGUACAGUUCUCCAAACUUACGACUGUCAACUGAAUCAAUCUCCAUGGGACGUUAUGAGCUUCUCACCUCCCUCGUCUCCUCCGCCUCCAUCCCCGCCGCCUCCGCCUCAGCAGGUCAGUGUAGAAGAUUCGUGCGGCGGAAAUGGUUGCUCGGACCGCCAUCAUUCCCUAGUUGAAAGGGCGAAUCGCAGGGAUAUGAUAGAAACCAAUGGCUGUUACAAGGAUGAACUCUUUGAAAAAGAGCUGCUGAAGAGUACCAACAAUGGCGAAGUCAUUUUGUGCUGCAAGAACGACGGGAAGAGCUGGCAUUGCCGGCGGGAGGCUGCUCAAGGGAGCUCACUGUGCGGGCACCAUUUAUCCCUUUCGAAGAAUUACCAGAAUUCUGCUCACACCAAGAAAUCUGGACGGGCAAUGGAGCCCAGGCGCAGCACACGAUCCACCAACAAGGUGGACUAUUCCAAAUCCAAUUCCUCCUCGUCGGAUUCGAAUGAAUUUUAUUAUUAUUUUGGAUUCAGGCCUGGAUGGAGCAAGAAGAUCAGAAGCAACAAUGGCGGGGUUUUGAAUUAUUCUGGCAUUGUUUCAGAACGGAACGAAACGACGUCGUCUUUGAUUGUGAAUGGCCAUGAUUAUCGUGAAGUGAGUUUAUUAAAUAGACAUGAAGCUCAAAACGACGUCGUAGAAGAAGAAGAUAGAGGAAAUGGGAGAAAGAGAAUUCGAAAACCCGUUAAGGAAAGAUCGCUUAAAUCACUUAUAAUGUGAGUUUGAGCCAAGAAAACUUAUUACUUUUAGGGUGUGUUUGUUUUGGGGGCUUGGAUUUUGAGUUUGGCUGGGAUUUGAAUUGUAAAAAUUGUGAAUUUAAAUAGUUGUACAAUGUGAUAUAAAUAGGUAUUGAU